AUGCUGGAGAGGUGUGGAGAUGCUGAGAAUCAGCUGGCUCUAGAACUUUCUCAGCAUGAAGUCUUUGUUAAGAAGGAGAUUGUGGUCCCCCUGUACAGCAUAGCAGAGAUGGAGAUUCCCGACAUCCAGAAACAAAGGAAGCAGCUAGCCAAACUGGUGUUAGACUGGGACUUGGUCAGAACCAGGGAGCACCAGGCUCACAAAUUUUCAGGAACCAACUUGCAGGGGCUUCCACCAAAAAUAGAUGACCUAAAGGAAGAAAUGGAUGAGGUUGGAAAUAAAGUAGAAGAGUACAAGGAUCAGCUUGCAGUGGACAUGUACAACUUUAUGGUCAAAGAAGGCGAGUAG